AUGGCCGAUGAUGUUGUUAUGGAUGGCGAGGUCAACCGACGUGAUGAGGGGCUGGCCGAGAUGGAAGAAGCGCGAGAUAAGGGUUUAACGGAUGGUGUUGAGAUGCGCCGGAUGAUGGAAGGAAUGCAUGAGCCAAGGCGAAUUGCUGAUUGGGGGCAAGUAGGGAGGGAAUACGGAGUGAAUUCUGGAUUGCAGUCGACAGCCGAGUUUCGGGAAGGUAGUGGUAGGGGGGAACGUGGCAGAGGCUUGAGGCGUGGGGGAGGUGUGUUGGCAGGUGACUCAGGCGGCUUGCAUGGGGGUGGCGUGGGCGGUUUAGAAGGGGCUGAUGUAGGCAGUGUGGGUAGAGGAGGGAAUAGAGGCAGAAUGGGGACGGUUCAGCAUGGGAGGGGGGAUGGGGGGUCUACACGGCAGCAAGGGGUGGUGGGGGGGUGUGGCAGAGUUGACGGAUAG